AUGGCAACCACAAAUGGAGCUUUCCCGUUUCAAAAGCUUGCAAAAGAGAACUAUGAUCGAUGGAGCAUACAAAUGAAAACUUUCCUUGAUGGACAAGACGUUUGGGAAGCCGUUGAAGAAGAAUAUGUUGAACUGGAAAAUUUAGCUUCAUUAAGUCAAGCCCAAAGGAAGACAUCCAAAGAAGCCAAGGUGAAAGAUCAAAGAGCGCUAUCCAUCAUCCAACUCGGUGUAGACGAUAGUAACUUUAAGAAGAUUUCUCAAGCUACUACGGCGAAGCAAGCGUGGGAUAUUCUUAGCGAUGCUUUCAAAGGCAUUGAUAAGGUGAAGAAGGUCCGACUCCAAUCACUUCGUGGAGAGUUCGAGUCUUUGAAGAUGAAAGACUCCGAAUAUGUUUCCGACUACGUCUCAAGGGUGGUUUCAAUCGUUAACCAACUUGAAAGAAAUGGUGAAACAAUGGAAGAGAGAAGAGUCGUCGAAAAAAUACUUCGAUCCCUUGAUCCUAAGUUCGACUACAUUGUCGUAGCAAUUGAAGAGUCAAACGACGUUGAGAGCCUUAAAGUGAACGAGAUAGUGGGCAAGUUACAAGUCCAUGAGGAGAAGAUCAAGAGGCGAAACAAAGGGCCCGAAGUAGAACAAGCCCUUCAAGCAAAGACGAACCUUGCCGACCAACCAAAAUACGAUGGUGCUCGAUUUCGUGGCAGAGGUAGAGGCCGUGGUCGUGGACGCGGUCGUGGUCGUGGCAGAGGUCGUGAAGGACAAUUCUCGUACAACAAUGAUGAUACGAAGCAAGAGAAUCGACCAACAAGAGGUCGUGGACGAGGAGGAUUCAAUCGGCGUCAAGACAAGAAAGAUGUCGAAUGUUACAAUUGUCACAAAUACGGACACUAUGCUUGGGAGUGUCGAAAUGAGUUAAAUGAUGAAAAGAAUCAUUAUGUUGAAGCAACGGAAAAGGAAGUUGCAGAGAUAUCCCUCUUGGCGUAUGAGGUAUUGACAGACGCAAAAGAUAACUUGUGUUAUCUUGAUUCUAGUACAAGCAACCACAUUUACGAAAGUAACAAAGUUGAGGACUCACUAGUAGCUGAAUUAAUGGAGCAGUUAAAACAGAAGUCCCUUGAACUUGAGGCCAAAGAUACAAAUAAUCGGAAGAUUAAGGAGAAACUCAAGCGAAAGACCUCAGAAUGUGCGGAGUUGCAAGAAACCAAUGUCAAAUUGCAAAAAGUGAUCUCUCGUACUGUCGAACAGAGAACCUUCAUUCCACCAACUAGAAAUGUGAAUGAGUCAAAUAAUAUGUUGCUCCUACAAGCUCAAGCAAGAGAGAUUGAAGAACUAAGGAAACAAUUAGUUGAAGCAACCGAGUCAAAGAAGGAGCUAGAGCUACGCAAUAAGAAACUUGAAAUCGAAAGUUCGUACGCUAAUAAAUUAGCAUCAACUGCCGUAGUUGAAUUCAAGAUUUUGUCUCAACAAGUUGAGGAGCUAGUGAAUCACAACAAGAAGUUAAUGAAGCACAAUGAAAAGCUAAUGAAUCACAAUGAGAUAUUAGCUAUCGAGAUGCAAGUUGCUUUGGCAGAAAAAGAUCAAGUAGAAGCUGAAUAUGUGGCAGCGACAUCGAGUGUAUGUCAUGCAAUAUGGCUAAGGAACUUACUAAAGGAGCUCAAUUUUGCUCAAGAAGAUUCGACACAAGUUUUUGUCGAUAACAAAUCAGCAAUUGCACUAGCGAAAAAUCCAGUGUUUCAUGAUCGAAACAAACACAUUGAUACUCGAUAUCAUUUCAUCCGAGAGUGCAUUGCAAAGAAAGAAGUUCGUGAAGUCCGAAGAUCAAAUUGCCGAUAUCUUCACGAAACCCCUCAAGAGAGAAUCGUUCGAGAAGUUGAGGAGUCAACUUGGAAUGCGUGA